ACCUCAAGAUUCAGCGAAGAAAGGCAAGAGACGGAGUAAGAACAGAGCAACGUGCCGGUUCAACAGAUUAGACCCCCAUACUUGCGCCUUUCUUUCAUAUCUUUCUUUCACCAAACAAAUAGAGAAAGAAAAGAAGAAAGAAAAAAAAGAGGAGAGAGAAAGGCACCAGAGAAGAGAGAGCUUCGAUCAACCAUGUCUUGUCCCUCAAAUUUUUCUACACAGUAUCAAUAGCAUUGAUUGAUUUUUUUGUUUUAUCAAUUUCACCCCUUUUCAUCAUCAAAUCCAGCUUUCUUUAUUCCAUUCCUCUAGUUUCUCUCUGUUUCUCCCUUCUCUUAAGGGUUGUUGGGAUACUAUUGUUAAUGUCAGCUACUUCCUUGUUGGGUUAGUCUCUUUUCUAUUGAAUGUCGAAGAUUUAUGGGUUUUCAGAGACAUGAAGUUAUAUUGAGUAAUGGGUCAUGAAUGACAUUCUCAGAACAUUAAAAACGAGGUUUUGAAUGCUCAAAUGGCUGACAAUAAGGUAUCGUGAUUUAUUUCCAGAAAUUAUCAGAAGAGUAUUUUGGUAAUGUAUUUGUGUUUAUGUUAAUGGUGAUUAAAUUUUGGGAUUUUUUAUAGCUGUUUCAUUUAUUUCAAUGGCAAAUAUUUGUUAGUGGUGAUUAUUCUGGCUUAGAAUGAAGAUGGCUGAUAAGAAUAGCCAUUCAUCUGGAUCUAUUUCUAGAAAAUCAUUGAUCUUUCUUUUCAUGGUUUCAACGAUUGUUUUCAUCUUCUCGUGGUUCUUUGUCUUACGGUCAACUGGGCAUCCUCAGUUGAUUGACUACACAUCCUUCACUAGUUCAAAAAAUUUGGCAACAAUUGAUAAUGGGAAUCGCCAAUCGAGAAACCCAAAUGAUGUCCAACCCUCAAUGAGGGAUCCUUUGGAGACAACAUCUGAUUCCUCAGAUUCUUCGGACGGAAGUCUAGAAGCAGCAUUAGUGGUUAAGGAUGUUGCGAGCUGUGCUUCCAAUAAAAUUGCUUUAAAAGUGUUCAUGUAUGACUUACAUCCUGAAUUCCAUUUUGGGCUCUUAGAUUGGAAACCUGAAGGGGGGAAAGUUUGGCCUGAUAUCCAAACUAAAAUUCCUGAUUAUCCUGGUGGGUUGAACUUGCAACACAGCAUUGAAUAUUGGCUUACAUUAGAUCUUCUCUCUUCAAAUUUUCCUAAUCGUAAUGGGGCUCGAAGUGCAGUAAGAGUAUUUAACUCUAGUGAGGCUGAUGUUGUCUUUGUCCCAUUCUUUUCUUCUUUGAGCUAUAACCGUUAUUCCAAGUCAAAGUCGCCUCAUAAGAAGAGUGUAAAUUAUUCGUUACAAGAUAAAUUAGUGAAGUUUUUGACUGAGCAAGAGGAAUGGAAAAGGUCAGGAGGACGAGAUCAUGUAAUCUUGGCACAUCAUCCGAAUAGUAUGUUGGACGCAAGAAUGAAGCUGUGGCCAGCUAUGUUCAUACUCUCGGAUUUUGGAAGGUAUCCUCCAAAUAUAGCUAAUGUUGAGAAAGAUGUGAUUGCUCCUUACAAGCACGUUAUCAGAACGUUUGUUGAUGAUUCAUCUGGAUACGACGAUAGGCCAACUUUAUUGUAUUUUCAAGGAGCUAUUUACAGGAAAGAUGGUGGGUUCGUGAGACAGGAGCUAUUUUAUCUUCUGAAAGACGAAAAAGAUGUUCACUUCUCUUUUGGAAGUGUUCAAAAGGAUGGGGUCCACUCAGCUACCAAGGGUAUGCACGCCUCAAAGUUCUGCCUUAACAUUGCAGGUGAUACCCCAUCAUCUAAUCGUCUGUUUGAUGCAAUCGCAAGCCAUUGUGUCCCUGUAAUAAUCAGCGAUGAGAUAGAACUUCCCUAUGAAGAUGUUCUUGACUACUCUGAGUUUUGCAUAUUUGUACGCACUUCCGAUGCUAUCAAGGAAAAGUUUCUUAUAAAUCUGAUUAGGAAUAUCAGCAAGGCCGAGUGGACUAGGAUGUGGAACAAGUUGAAAGAAAUUGAAGGGUUAUACGAAUUUCAAUACCCAUCAAAAGAAAACGAUGCCGUUCAAAUGAUAUGGCAGGCAGUGGCACGAAAAGUUCCUGCUAUCAGAUUGAAGUUACAUAAGUCAUGGCGGUUCUCUCUGACUGGUACUAAACGACCUUCAACAAUUGUUCCAUGGUCGAAAUCGAAGCACUUGUUCCGAGAAUUAAGAGUGUAAUACCUGUAUCUUUUUUGUUCUAUUCUUUUGGUUUCAUUUUUCUCUCGCUUUCUUCUUUUAAUAUAUGCAGAUUGUAGAGUAUCAACACUAGAUCGAUGAUGUAAUUUGCUGCACUAGAAAGGUGAGAACACAUUUGUUUUCUCAUUGCAGAUUUUGAGCUCUUCAAAUGUAUUGUAAUUCUAAGUGUCAUUUGAAUCGAUGUGUUGAUUUUUCUCGUGGAUUAGAA